AUGUCUCUCCAUCUACUCCUACAAGAGUGCGGAGGAGAUGACGGUGUGCAUUCGGAGAGUAGCAGCGCCGACAUGAGUAGCAGCGCCGACAGUGUUCGAGCGAACGGGAGCACCAACGGCAGACCGCACCACCAGGAGAGCAUCGCUCGCGAGACCGCACUAGGACAGACCGCACCAGGACAGACCGCACCAGGAGAUGUUGCAGAGGAAACGCAGUGGUGGACCCGUCAGGAUGCCGUACUGGAACUGCUGUUGUACAAAGAGGAUGUGCGUGCGGAGAUAUUUGCCUUUACGGGCGGUCGACCGCAGCCGUAUUUGUUUGUAGGGAUGGUUUUAAAGUCGUGGCGAACGGUGUUGUUUGAAGGGAAACCACGGAACACCGCGGAAUCCCAUAUCGUGGCGUCGGUUCCUCGCGCCAUGGAGGCAUUACACUGCGGUUGGGAGCCGAGCAACGGAGCAUGGAAAGUUGUCGCAGCUCUGGGGAAUGUCCAAGUACUGAAUCUGUUGUUGGAUUGGUCCAAUGACGCAUGUGACCUCGAGUGGGGUGAGUGGGGCGAUCGAGUGUUCGCAGCUGCUGCGGAGGCAGGGCACACUGACGUUAUGAAGUUGUUGAUCGCGGCAGGCUGCAAUACAGAUCAGAUGGAAUUGAAGGCCUUAGAAGUCGCCGUAGAGUCAGGUAGUGCAGCCAUUCUAGACUGCUGCGACAGCUCUGACCUAGGUCGAGGCGAAGAUGGGUUCUGGGUUGACGAAGGGUGGGCGGUGGCCGAGGCU